GUGGAAAACUAUCCAACAAAGGAAACAUCGACCGCUUAGAAAUGCAAUGAUCUCAAACAUGCGACAUCAAUUGCUUCUUCAAACCGGCAGACUAUGCUGUGCGCAAACACUAAUUGCUGCAGGACGGCAACAGUUAAGCACCUCCGCACCGCUACAAGUUUCACUCAACACUGCAAUCAAUCGAGGCAUCCGCAAGUCUAGAGGGUCAGAUGGACCGAGAAGGACCAGCGAGCGGCCCAGAGAAUGGGACCCUGCCGAUGCUCACACUCUUGACUAUGAUUCCCGUCCCCCCAAAUCCCGAGGAAAAUAUCCCGAGCAGCAAAAGAGAGGAGGCCCACCACGCAGAGCAGAUGACAAGCCGGACCAACCAAGACGGCGCUGGGAGUCAAAACCAAAUAAAAUCGGCGGAGAUGGGAAGGACCGUAGGGAUCGCAGAGAAUAUGCCUCUCAGAGGGCCGACAAGCCAAAUUCCACGCAGAAAAAUACGUGGAAGUCCAAAGCUCCGAUAUACAUCCCGUACACAACAUCCGCAUCCGAAUUUGUCUAUGGGACCUCUUCCGUGACCGCAGCUCUGGCGUCUAAACGACGAAGACUAUAUACACUGUAUUUAUAUACUGGAGAGGACGGAAAACAAGCAAUAGACAAGAAACUGGAACGGCUAGCUCGCAAUUCCGGUGUUCUUCUCCGUCAGGUCUCGGGCGAUUGGAUAAGAGUGCUAGACAAGAUGAGCAAAGGUCGACCACAUAAUAAUUGCGUCCUCGAAGCGUCACCUGUUCCUCAACUCCCCGUCGCCGCACUCGGUCAGGCAUCGCCAGUGGGUGAAGUCUUCCAUACCACGCUCCGGUAUCAAUCAGAGGAAGAGGCAGCAGUCAACGGAACCGACGAUCAAAUCCACUACGAUAGCAAAGGACAGCGCUAUCCCCUUGUCCUUAUGCUUCAUGAGAUUCUUGACCCGGGCAACCUCGGCGCUAUUCUACGAUCAGCAUACUUUUUCGGCGUUGACGCCGUCGUCAUUGGCUCUCGAACAUGUGCCCCCUUGACCCCAAUCGCCCAAAAAUCCUCCGCAGGAGCAUGUGAAUUCCUUCCGCUCCUCAACAUUCAAGACGCACGAGCGUUCCUUGCCCAGUCUCAGACUAACGGCUGGCGAGUCUGUGCCGCUGUCGCUCCUCCACCAGCUUCUCCUUCCUCUACCCCUUCUUCGACUUCCUCAACCUUCCGGUCUGGAUCCUCUACCACGCCGCACCUCGACUCAACAAUUACACCACAAACGCAGACGAAACACAUCAACCCUUCCUCUCUGCCCUCGCUACUCACCGCACAGCCUACGAUUCUUGUUGUCGGCAGCGAAGGCGUCGGGCUGCCACGCUACCUCGUCUCGCAGGCGAAUCACCACGUGAGUAUUCCCGGCUCGCGCGCGGGCAAAGGUGGCGUAGAUAGUCUCAACGUCAGUGUUGCUGCGGCGCUCCUGUGUAAUUUCUUCAUGAGCGGUAACGGUAACGGUGCUGGUGCCGGUUCUGCCGUUGGUGCCGUCGAUAGCACUACUUUGAAUCACGUUGCAUCGGACGCUGGCGCUGCUGGUGUUGAAGAAGCGGAAAGUCCGAAUGGUGACGCAGGGAAAAGUGGUAAAAUGUUCUAGAGGACACAUUUUGCUCAACCUGACUUUCUUGUUUUCGUAGCAUCUCUACAUAGAGGAGAC